GCUCAGCUCCCGCCGGGGCACAGCCCGGCCCCGCUCGCCCUGCUGCCACGGAGGAUGCUGAGCGGCCAUGGUCCCCUCUGCCACCGCCCUGGCGCUGUGCCUGGCGCUGCUCCUUGCCUGCCCCACGCUCGGUGAGGGGCUGGCCAUGCCCCGCUCCGUGCGCUUCGCUGUGGAGAUGGGGCGGAACCUGCUGAGGUGGGAGCCGGGCCGCGGCUGCCCCAGCAACGCCAGCUACGACGUGGAGUACAUAGUCUACGGCUCAAGAAUCCCCUGGACAGCCAUCCCAGAGUGCAGCAACACCUCGGAGCACUCCUGUGACCUCACCCGCUACACCCCGGACCCGAAGCAGCGCUACCACGCGCGGGUCAGGGCCGUGGCCGGGAGCAACGUGUCCUCCUGGCAAAGGACCGGCGGCUUCUUCCCACAGCAAGCUGGCCUUCGCCUGGCGGGCCAGAGACUCUCUGUGAUGGGCAACUCCAUCCAGGUGCGGCUGCGGCCGCUGCUCCGCUCCGGGAACGCCACCCUGGAGCACAGCGACUUCCAGAAGGAGAUGACCCGGUACCACGUGUACCUCAGGAGGACACGGGACAACCACACGAUCACGGUGGUGAAGAACAGCACCGAGUUCACCAUCGGCGAGCUGUUCUGGCUCACAGAGUACUGCCUGAGCGUGGAGCCCAGCCUGGCCAGCCUGCCCGUCCCCGCCACGCGCUCCGGCGAGCAGUGCGUCACCACGGGCCACAGGGACAGGAGUGCAGAGCUUCUCCCGGACAUCCUCAGCUCCUCCUUCAUCAUCCUGUCCUUGCUGGGCCUCCUGGGGGCUCUGCUGGUGUGUACCUACACCAGGAAACCCGUGAGGACACCAUCUGCCCUGGUAAGGCAGGGACAGUGCCUGGGGCCAGAGCGAGGGCGCGGGCUCGGGGAGUGCUGGGAGAGGCAGGCACCAGCCAGGAUGAAGCACAGCUCACUCUCCUCUUCCUCUCCCUCCCAGAAGUCCCUCAUGAAGCAGACCUCCCUCUGGGGGGAGCAUGAGCCCCCAUCCUCGGCCAGCCUGGAUGCCGACCCCAUCCAGCAGCUCUUCCUGUGCCAGAAGGAGCCCCAGCCGGGCAGAGGCCCUGACAGCAGCACCCACACAGCCCAGCUGCCCCUGGAGCAGGGCUGGAAGCUCCCAGCAUGGCCCAAGGACCAGCUGGGCCUGCUGGGACCCACGGGGAGCAGAGACAGCAGCGGCACCAGCACCGACAGCGGCAUCUGCCUGCACAUCCCUUCCUCCUCCUCCUCCUCCUCCUUGAGCUGCUCCACAGGACCCCAGCCCCAGGGCUACAGGCAGCAGCUGCCCACGGCUGAGGACAGCGGGGUGGGCUUGGAGAGCCCCUGCCCUGCUGCUGGCUGCUCCUCUGGCAGCGGGAACGCCAGCCCAGGGCUGUCCCCUGCCAGCAGCCAGGCAGAGGUGGAGUUCAGGGGGUACCUGCAGCAGUCCAAGGGCACCGUGGAGCCAGAGCAGGCCCCGGGUGAGGCAGAGCCCCUCUCGGGCUGUGCAGGGUCCGUGCAGGGCCUGGGCAGCACCGACACCGUGCUGGACGUGGAGUGCUCCGAGCUGGCCGUGUCCAAAGGGUAUUUGAAGCAGUGCUCCCCCGAGCAUCCCCUCACACAGGACCUGGCUCCAUGGGGAGCCCCCACCUGUGACUUCCCCAGCCAGGUGGGACCCCAAGCCCCCACCCUGCUGAGCUGGGCAGCCCCAGCUGCUCCACUGACCUGCAAAGGCAGCCUUGAUCUGAAAACUCCCUUCGACCUGAACGUCUUCAACAACAACAACAACGCUGCCCUGCUGGGGACGCUGCUGCCCGUCCCCAGCUGGAUCACACUGCCCACCCAGCCCCUGGGCCAGCUCAGCGGGGACAGCAAGGACAGCCGCCUGUGACCCGUCCCUGGGGGCCACCAGCCCUGUGCUCUGACCCGACUACCUCGUCUGCCACUGGAUAAGCUACUCCUGACCCUGAAUGUCCACGGUGCCAGGCCCAGGAGCACCAGCUCAGUCACUGUGGGGCUGCUGUGGGCACCCCUCCAGCCACCCCAGCUAACGGGACACAGCGAUGGGCUGUGCUGGAGGGGCUCAUCCCGACCUCCUCGUGCCUCCCAGGAUACACUCCAGGGCACC